AUGGCCCAGGCCGCAUCAGCUGCUUCAACCCUCCCAACGAAUGGGCUCAGCUUGAACAGGCUGGCCGAGAAGGAGGCCUACGAGCUCCAGCAGUAUAACAAGAUUAUACGGCUUCGCGAUGCCAUCAUUGCGGGAAAACACCCCACCAUCACGGUUCCGCGCAGCCUGGCCGCGUCGCCAAAGCCUGUCCCCCUUCACAAUGAAGGGCCCAGGGCGGCCGCCGAACCCGCGCUGCAUGGCGCAGGGGGUCCUGUAGCCACCGCGCCUCUGACUCGGCCCGAUGCAUCGGCUCGGCAUGAACCGAAUCGUGAUUCUGAUUCUCUAGAAAAGUCCGAUCAGCUUGUGAUAGCCGAGCUGCAGCUUCAAAGGCAACGUUUGGAGCGCGCGUUGAAGGAUGAGUUUGAGCAACGCCGAUCGAGCUUCAAAGUCGGCCAGGCAGAGCCAUCCUCGGAUCUUGACCUGUCUCAUGUGCUUGCCAAAGCCCUUGACCUGGUGCAAGCCGAUGCUGUUGCCCCUUCUGCUUCUGCCUCUGCUUCUGCUUCUGCUGCUGCUGCUGCUGCCUCAUCAGCAGAUGGCGAGAACUUGAACGUCGUCGCCGAUACUACAAGUGACUCCUUGGAUGAGAGCACCUUUUACUCGUCCCGUCAUGAUACUCCCGAUUCUCAUCUAACCUCGCGUGUGCGUACCUUAUCAGAAUCUCAAGAUGGUGCUAACCGUAGGUCGCAACAUGAACAACCGUCACGGCAGGCCAACACGCAUGUCGAACGUCCCUCCGACCCUGUUGCUGGAACCAUUGCUUCCGCGCAUCCUCCGCAUCCUGGCCCACGUAGCAGCCAUGCCGCGGCAGACGACGCGCGUCUGACCUCCCAGAUAAGCGUCGUACCUGGCCUGAAUAAUUACAUUCAUGGUGCCACCACGGGCCCUUCCGUCUUGAGGCAUAGCAAGAAUGCCGUCGGCAAACCGGAUGAUCUGUUUCAUGAAAGAGCCCAAAUGGCGACAAUGCUAGCCAGCUCCAAAAGUCAAGCGCAAGCGCCGCCGCAUACUACUCGCCCGGCUGAUGGCGAGCGUCUUGACAGUCAUCCUCCUUCGCCGCUCAUUCGCAAUCAUUCUCUGCAAGUCGUUGCUCCGCAGCCGACUCAUCCUUCGUCGUUGAGUGCAUUGGCUAAAGCAUCACCCAUUGUUCCAGAAGCUACCAGUCGUCGCAGUACCGUGGGGACUACCGCGCAAGUUGUAGCCUUGAGGACAGAAAACAAUAAUGUAACAAGCCCUGAUAGUUCGUCGCAAGGCGGGAAGAAGAGAAGCAAAAAGAAGAAGAGGAAAGCCGACAAGCAGGAAACUGACCCCGAAACGGUUCCGCGCAUCAAACCCGAGCCCCGGUCACCGUCCCCGCUCAACGCCCCUUCCUUCACUCGCCCGACCAAGCGACAAAGACAAGUCCAAGGGCCACCCGCCGAACUGGGGCAUGCACCAAGGUAUAACCACGGCAAUGCUGUUGGCAAUGCCGGCAUUGGAUAUGUCGCGCCGUCAGGGAGGGCAAGUGCUGUGCCGGUAGGUCAUGUCGGCGGAAGCGGCUAUCCUCAACAACAACAAGUCUACAGCAACUCUGCUGCGACGGGAGAAUCGAGCUACAGCGGUUAUUACGGUGAACAGUGGGUGCUCGCGGAAGAAGCCGUCGAUCGACAGGCCCAUCCAGCCGACCUAGCACCGCAGUAUUCGACGAGGCCUGUCCAUCCACCAAGAGCAGUGUCGCAAGUCAUAGUGGCUGAUCCCUACUCGGUCGGGUCGCGUCCCUAUCGUGAGUACCAUGAUGGGUCCCGGUCUACGCAUGCCGAGGGCGAAGCAUUCAUCCCCCCUCCGCGACCCGCCCCCUCAAGAAUUCUGGUUGAUGCCUAUGGCCGUGAGUAUAUCGAGCCCCCCCAGCACACUGCGUCGCGUCCAUAUGCCGUCCCUCCGCCGCCGCCGCAGAACGGUGAGCAGGAAAUAGUGUACGAGCGGCUGCCCAGUGCCUCCUUGUCACGUCACGCGGCUCCGCGGCAGUUUGAAGAUGGCGGCAGCAUCGUGUAUAGGGCGCCGGCGCCUCCGCCUUCGCAGGUGUAUCCCGUGGGUCGACGGCUCAUAAGCCAGCCAGAGUAUGCUGCCCACGAUUACCGUGACGAACGUCAAAGAGAGUACUCUGCUCGUCCGCCUUUGGCUGCCCAAGGUGAAUUCGUCCAAGUGCUCGCUCCGCCAGAGAGGAGAUAUAACGGGGAUGAGGGCUAUGGGCUGCGCCCGGCAAGCGUGCGACCGGUUGAAGCUGUCCGUUACCAGAUGGCCCCUGACUUUGGACGAGUUCAUGCAGCGCGCCCCGAACUUCAUGGGCCGCCAGAGUACAGAGCCAGCGUCCACCCAGACGGUCGCCGCGAGGUCUUGCAGCCGUACCUGAGAGAAUACCAUCCCAGCCAGGAGCCGGUCAUGCGAAGGUCGUACAGCGUCCGGCCGGUUGAUGGUGCGCAAAGCGGUCAGCUUGGCGGGGGAGUGGAGGUGGCCUAUUUGGAAAGGCCAAGCGGCGGUGCUCAGGAGAUGGUGUAUACGGAUGAUGCCAGACGAGAGGGCUACAGAUGA